GUCGAGCACGCGACCCAUACGGGGCAGUGCCUGGACGUGGACCCGACGGACCCGCACCACAACGUGCAAACGUGGACGUGCAUUGCCGGCAACGACAACCAGCGUAUCGAGCUCGUGCCGCAGAUCUAA